AGCCGCACUCCCCCGUUGUCCGCUUGCAGCCCACCCACCGCUCUCUCCCUCGCUCCUCGCCCAAACCCAAGAACCCUGACCCAGCCAGCGCAGGACCCGAGAGAGGAGAAAGGAAUGGAAGAGGAGGCCCGGCCGCCCCUGCUCCCGGUGCGCAUCCCGAUGAACGGCGAGGACCUGGCCCCUGCCGCCCCCGGCGCGUGCGCCGUCGGCGGCGGCAGGGCGGAGAUCGACACCUCGGCGCCGUUCGAGUCCGUGCGGGAGGCCGUCGACCGCUUCGGCGGCAGCGCCGCCUGGAGCUCCCACCUCGUCAACCGCAUCUUCGCGCACCACAAGAAGCAGAACCAGACUGUGUGCAUGGGGACUGAAGACGAGCAAUGCGCCAAUCUGGCGGAGCAGACCGCGCAGAUAGAGAAGGAGCUCGGCGCCAAGGAGAGGGAGACGCUCGAUGUGCUCAAGCAGCUCGAGUCCGCCAAGAGGAUCAUCGCAGAUUUGAAGCUCAAGAUUCAGAAGAAAACAGCUGAAGAUGCAUUGCAAGCUGAAGAAGAGAAGCAGCAGCAUCCAGAGAGCAACUGCUCUCUCACUCAAUUGUCCACAGCAGAACCUGAAGUGAAGCAGCCCGAAGGAAACGCUGAAGCUGCAGAAGAAGUGCAGAUAACAGAGCCUGAAGUGAAGCAGCAGCCUGAGGAAAAUGCAAAUUCUGGAGCUGAUGUGGACAUGUGUGCCGGUCUAGACGAACAAGAGCAGCAGCAGCAGCAUCCUAACUUGGUUCUGAUGGAGCUCGAGCAGGCAAAGUCGAACCUGAACAGAACCACGGGUGAUCUCGCUGCCAUCAGAGCCUCCAUCGAGUCGCUGCGUCAUGACAUAGCGACGGAGAAAGUCUUGGUGGAGAGGAGCCGGGCGAAGGUGUCCUCGGAUGCCACCUUGGUUUCUUCUCUGAAGGAGGAGCUGGAUCAGACCACGAAGAAGCUGCAGACGCUGAAGGAUCUGCAGAGAAGGCGCGAGGAUCCCUCGGACAUCUUCUUCGAGAUCAAGAGGAUGACUUCAGAGAUAGAGCAGCUCAGGAAUGCAGCAAAUGCGUCGAAGUCUGAAGCCAUGAUGUUAGCUGCCGAGAUUGAGCAGACCAAGGCUACCAUCGGCACUGCUGAAGUGAGAUGUCUUGCUGCCAAGAAGAUGGAAGAAGCAGCAAGGGCAGCCGAAGCUCUUGCACUAGCUGAGAUCAAGGCCCUACUCUGCAGUGAAGCCUCAGCUGAAGACCUCCAGGGCACAGAUGGAGUGAUCCUUUCAGUGGAAGAGUACUCCGAGCUUGCUUCGAAGGCUCGAGAGGUCGAUGAAAGCUCAAGGAACAAGAUUGCAGCUGCCAUGGUUCAUGUAGACGAAGCCAACCAAUCAAAGUCAGAGUCACUCACAAGGCUAGAGGAAGCCAAAAUGGAGGUUGAGGAGUGUAAGAAGGCACUGCAAGAGGCCCUGAAGAGGGUAGAGACUGCCAACCGAAGAAAGUUUGCGGUGGAAGAGACCCUUCGCCGAUGCCGGUCCGAGACCGGACACAAGAGGCGCUCAUUCCGUGGCUCCCCCAAGUUCAAAACUGCAGCACAUCGUCACAGAGAUGAUUCUCACUGCAUGGACAUCGUCGAUGUUUCAGACAACUCCAUGAAGCCGACACUGUCGAUCGGGCAGAUACUGAGUAUGAAGCUAAUGGGGCCUGAUGGGUACGACAAGAGCGUGUCGGAUGACACGAGUACGAGUGAAACUUCUAGUGUCUCCCUUGGCCAGAUCCUGAACAGGAGGCAGGCAAUCUUGACUUAUAGCAGUGAUACAAGUGCUAACAAGAAAUUCUCCGGAAAGAGGAAGAAGUUUGCCUUCACUGGACUUUCAGUUUUCUUGGCAAAGCAGGCCAAGAGCAAGAAAAAGAGAGGGUCAGAUGAGAACUGAUGUUAACUCUGCCAGAACACUAGCUAGUUACUGAGUGUUUUGACACCCUCUUUCCAUGUCUUGUGUUCCUGUAUAAUGUUCCUAGGAGUAUAUGUUUCUAGGUUAAUGAGGUUCUGAUAUUUCCAUAGCUCCAUGUACCAGUUCAUCAGUCUAGCAUCUCCUGAGUGAUGUUAGUGGUUAGAUUUAGACUAGUAUCAUGUGCUCUAUGAACAUGGAAGAUUUCAGUUGAGUUGUUAGCAGGGGCGGAGCCAGCAUACUCGCAUUGGGUUCAGCUGAACCCAAUGAAAUUUUCUGGCCAGGUAUAGUAUACACAUACGUACAUGCUUUGACCCCAAUAAAAAAUACGGUCUGACCCCAUCAAGUUUAGAAUCGCUCAAGGAAAGCCCAAAAAGGCACAAGGGAAUUGCCACCGUGAAAAGCCUCUUUGUGGCUUCCUGCUCGUUUUCAUUUUGCAUCGAGGUUCAUGCCCAUUGUGUUGAUCCCUUAUUCAUAUUCUCCUGAACGUGUACACGGCAGCCGCAUGACCUUUCGCCCUUCUUGUUCACUUCCUCGACUCUGUGAUGUGAUCUCUCCUAUUUGCCAUCAAUUAGACACCACUCGACACACCAGCGACGAGACGACAACGAGGUCUCGACAGCGGCAAGACGACUAUUAUGGUUCAAAUUCAAGGUAUUGAGAUUGCAUCAUUAGUCAUCACAUCUCCUUUCUGUUGCACAUGCCCUAGUUUGCUAAUUGCUUAUUCCACCGUAUCCAGAUAAUGACGCGGGCACUUCAAGGCCGCCCGCUAGACAUAGGCAAAGUGCAUCAAAUAGCGUGGCUGUAAGCAGUCUUUAAGGCGAGAGGAAUUAAAUUAGAUGUGUUGCCUCACGGCUAGUCGGAAGAGAAUUUUAGAGCAUGCAUGAUGAUAUUAGACAAAGAUAUUUAAUCAGAGUACUAAAGUUGGUAAUCGGUUCAUGAGUGAUUCUUUAAUUUGCUAUGUGGAGAAAACUAUAUUUAUACCAUUGUAUUAAUGUUUUGUUUGAUCUUUCUAAAAUUUUGGAAAAUCGAAAUGGGGCACUAAAAAAUGCAAGUGACUUAACAUUCUUCUUUUGCUUGAUUUGAUGGUGUUUAUUUUAAACUUGCCAUUUGAUUCAAUGUUUUCAGGAAGAAGAGAAACUACAGCCAAGACUUGAAUUUAUGAAGAUUUGAAGUACCACUCUAUUUACAAUAUGCAAAAAAGAGGUUCUUGUUCUAAGAGUGUGUAAAAUUAGGCUUUACACGUAAUCGAUUUGUAUGAAAUUCGCACAAGUCAGUGAGUGAACCCAAUGGCUAAAUUUUCUGCCUCCGCCCCUGGUUGUUAGCUCUGUAUCAUGUACCCUGUGGUCAUGUAAGACAUUGAUUUGUAGUACUCGGA